AGUCAGGUUAGAAUUUACGUCAAGUUCGUGGAAAUAGUAAACAAAUUCAAAUUUUCAAGUUGUUUUUUAAAGAAUAUUAGUGUUUUUGUAAAAAUUACUUAUUAAAAAUGGGUGACAUAACUCCAUUUGAAUAUUUUUUAUGUGGGGGUUGUGGAGGCAUUUGCACCAUAUUAGUUGGUCACCCUUUGGACACCAUAAAGGUUAGAUUACAAACUAUGCCAGUACCCGAACCUGGUCAGCUUCCCCAUUAUGCUGGCACAUUAGACUGCUUUAAAAAAACAAUACAAUAUGAAGGACCCAGAGGUCUCUAUAGGGGCAUGGGUGCGCCCCUUUUAGGAGUCUCACCAAUAUUUGCUCUAUCAUUUAUGGGUUAUGGGGUAGGCAAGAGCUUAUUCUGUCCAGCAGAUACUUCUCAACACACAUAUCUUCAAUACCUAUCAGCUGGGGCAUUCUCAGGAAUUUUUACAACUUUUAUAAUGGCUCCCGGAGAGAGAAUAAAAUGUCUCCUGCAAAUUCAAGAAAAAGGGAAGGGCAUGUACAGUGGACCAGUAGAUGUUGUAAAGAAGCUUUAUAAGCAAGGAGGCAUUGCCUCAAUAUAUAGAGGAGCAGGAGCAACAUUUCUUCGAGAUAUUCCUGCAAGUGGUGUAUACUUUUUAACAUAUGAAGCUGUGCAAAACUACCUCACAGAUAAUGGCAAUCACCAAACUGGAAUUGCAGGUACCAUCUUAGCUGGUGGUUUGGCCGGCACAGCUAACUGGCUCAUUGGUAUGCCAGCAGAUGUUUUGAAAAGCCGAUUUCAAACAGCUCCCGAAGGUACUUAUCCAAACGGCAUAAGGGAUGUUUUCAGAAACUUAAUAAAAACAGAGGGACCCCUUGCUUUAUACACAGGUAUUACUCCCGUUCUCUUAAGAGCAUUCCCAGCCAACGCAGCUUGCUUCCUAGGGUUUGAAUUAUGUAAAAGACUUCUUAGAUAUUUGAAACUUGAUGAUGAAAAACAAAAUGAUGUUCAGGUUACAUAGUACUGAUAUGUUGUGCUAGUCUUUUUUGUGACUAAUUGUAGAACUAUAUUUUUCUGAAUUUUAGAUGAUAACGAGAACUAUUCUUGUUAUUUUUUUUUAAUUGUUGAUGGUUUAUUUUGUAGGCCAGUUAGCGGGUUUAGCGACGUUUAACUUUUUUUGUGAUUAUAGCUUGAAUUUAUAUAAUUUUCAUUAGAACCGUCUCAAAGCAGCUGUACUUAUAUUGUAACUUGAUGGCUGGCCUACGAUAUUGUUUCAAGUUAAUUAAAUCGAUUUUGUUAUUGCCUUUAUUUCUAUUGUUGUUAGUCUGAAUAUGUUCCAUUUAUGUAAAAAAUCAUUAUUUUAGAGUAAAAAUAAUGUUGAAGUUGUACCAUAUUGGUAAGCCAAAACUUGAUGUAUAUUAAUAUAAAGUUAUGCACAUUAAAUUUUGCUACAAUCUG